ACCCCCCCCCCCCCCACCCACCCUCACCCCCUCCCUCCCCAGUUCAUUUACUACGCUGGAAAAUGCGGCGCCGCAUAUAUCACCCGUCGACCAAUUACCGUGUACUAUGGAACAAGACACGGGAUGCGUGGCGCGCAGCUUCAUCAGGUCGUGCUCCCCUAAGCAAGGUGUUCCUAAUCCCCAGAUGCCUCAUCUAAGGCUUUAAGAGACGAUUAUUAGACGAACUACACGUGAUCGUCAACAAAAAUCACUAUAACGUAGCUGCUGUCAUCGCUGCCUGUCCUCCGUUUGCAAACCACUGGAGUAGCAGAUUUACAGUAGUGACUUUGACUCACCCUGAACAGACUGUUCCUGGAGCCUGAGCACAGAUCAGGACACGGAGAAGCUUAAACCCUAACAAAGGAAUUUCAUUAUUCCUAUGUCUAACCUUAUUCUACAGACCUAGCGCAUGUAUAGACGCCUACAUAAACCCUGCGAAUGAAUAAGAACGUUUUUCUAAGCUGAUUUAGAUGCUGUAGUCGUGACGUCACACUAAGACCCCCCCUCGUGGGUUUUUAUUUCUGGGGACAGGUAUCAUGAGGUCAUUUGUGUGAUCUAGGCUUAUUCUUGUGCAGCCUCUCAUAGAGUCUGGCCCCACUGGUCAGCCAGUCUACCUGUGGCCUCCGCCGAGCCUUGAACUUUGUCAUGAGCUAUUUGCUAAACCUGUUUUGCCCCUCUGCCAUUGUGAUCACAAAUACACUGAGUUGGAGUCAACAAAGUAAUUCUCCAGAGCAUCACGGCACUACAACUGGGAAGCUGAAGUCUUUAUUAUGAUCUAGGAUCAACUAUAAAUUAAAUGUAUGUGUAAAACGCCCUUAUGCAAAACUAUUAAAUAUUGAUCAUAUUCUUAGCAUAUGCUAUAGUGUUUUCUACUCUCCGUAUUCUGGCUUCUGCUGGAUCUCAAGGUGGUUCUGAUGUAACUCGGCGUUGAGAUUGAUGAAACUGUCCUUGUGUGUCGUGACGCCGUACUUUGUCCGAGAAAUGAUUCAACGGGGCAGCUGCGAGCCUCCGUAUGUGCUUCCACCCUGUUGGCAGCGCCUUUCUCGCUAGUAAAUUCACCAGAGAAGCCCCUGUAAGUGGGUAAAUCACUGCACACUGGCCUGAAGGGGGGACCUGAGCCAUUCCCAAGGAAAACUUUAUAAAUAACCAUAGUAAGCAAGUGAGUGCAGCUCAGUUCAUAGUUGAUAAUGUACAACAGGGCUGUGUCCUGGUUAUUUGUUAUUCAAUCUGCAGUGUCCACAGUGGAGUCAACCUCCAGUUCAGUGGAUGUUUGUUGUUGACGUGGUUGACGUAGAAAUGUUCUGUGGGCAAAUAUUUUAGGAGAAACAGAAAAAUAUUGACAGCCCUUCUGCUUUGAACAUGAAACUUUAUGUAACAGAAAAAAAAGAAUUAUAAUUGGUUUGAUCAGGACACUGAAUCCUCAGUUCUAUAAUAAUGGGUAUAUUGUUCGAGCGCCUGUGGCCUUUGGGUGUUUUUUUUUAAUAAGAUAUAAAUAGACCUGCAGACGAUGUGAGACUUCAGACAAACGCAUUUGUGACUGUUCUGAAGUCAGCUGAAAAUGCCCACAGUGUAAUCGGGCCCUGGUCUGAAGGCGUGAUCAUGUCGGCAGCAGACUGCAGCGUGGGGCACGACUCCUGCCUUUGUGAUGCAGGCGACCUUUGGAGGAGCAGGUGAUUUAAAAGUCUUUGUUUGUUGCUCCUUUUUUUUUUUUUUUUUUUUUUGGACUCCACUGUGCGACAGACUGGUCUAAUUAGACUCCACGUGAGAUUAGCCGGCACAGACGCAACAAGGACGCAGAAGCUUUUGCAUUGAACUCACUCUGAAAGCGACUUUUAUGUGUCAUUUAUUCUUCUUACAACCUACAGUAUGUAUCGCUGACUGCCAGCCCACUCCUCAUCCUUAUUUCCUCACUCUAUAUACUGUAUGAACCAUUUGUCCCAUGUCCUUCCUCCUUUCAUUCAGGCUUGUGGCCAUAUGGCUCGUGCUGAGGUUUGAUCUAAUCUUGUUUGCUCUAAUGGUGAUUGCACCUUCCUCCUAGUCACCCAGCGACUGAACAGGAAGUGGAAAAAUGUAUGUACUGUAGCUAAGAGAUGCUUAAAGCAGCCUAUGCAGACUGUACAGAUACCGAACAGCCGUGAGUCCAUAGCAGCUUUACUACCUGCCGUCCUGUUGUGCUGCAUGCGUUUCUUUCUUCUUGUUGUUUGUUUUGCUUUAUUGCCACAUCCUGACAAUGUGACACGUCUGCUCUAGAGCUCUGCCAGGAAGUGAUGAAGACAUAGAGGAGGUGCAUAAUGUAGUGCAGACUUACACUCUCGUUUCAAUCUCAAGGGGCUGCGUCUCUGUGUGUGUGUGCGCGUGCAUGUGUGUGUGUGAGUGUGUGAGUGUUUGCACUUGCAUAAAAAUCAGCCGCCUCCAUUGUCUCCAUUGUACCUGUGCUUACGUACACAUCGGGGCCCUGUUGCUGUGGAGAUCUCACCUGGCAAUGUCACGCUCAUCCCAUGGCACGCUUACUGUAGCCACCACCGCAGAGGACCCCCCAACCUCCCCCACCCGCCAUUCUGAUAUUGAAACAAGGAGGUUGAUUGGCUGUUUGUGCCUUCUGGUCGCCGCCGAGUCCAAAGUCACACACUACUAAAGCGAUGGAGGCCCAGUGGUGGACUCAGCCCUAUGUUACCGUGUGUUUACCUCUCUCAAAUGCUGGCUUGGCCCCUGAUUAGGGUCCAAACAAAGAGGUUUUCCAUCUACACUUUGACACACAGUCCUCUUUGAGUCACGUGACAUUGUGCUAUGGUUAUAGAUUCCCCCCUCUCCAAAAGUUACAAAUUAAUUAAUGUACAACCAGCAGCUGGAACACAGAUUGUCUAGUGUCGUGCCCUCGUUGGCCAUCCAGCCUUACAGAGGCUCUAUAACACGGUAGAACAGCACAUGAAAUCGUGUGAUAAGGUCAAACAGGAGACAGACAAAAUACUGUACCAGCCACAGCUAACAAUAACUGGUGGCGGCACUUCCUGACGCCGCUAAAAUUACAAUGGAGGUGAAACUAUGCAACACAUUCACAUCUGAAGUGGUUAUUUCUGGACUUGAUUGAGCUUCAGCCGUAGCACUCGAGUAAAAUAUACGGUGUAAGUAUGAGCAAAUGCACUUUGUUCUUAUACACAAAGUUUGCAGUUGAUGAUGAAAUGGGGUCAGAUUGGUCUUUUGAUUAAUAAUCCAUUAAACCUCAGUGUAUUUCCUACAGAUGGUGUGGAUGGGCGUGUUUUAAUAAAUAAUCAACAGGGGACCAUCUGUGUGGAGCAGAAUGGGACUGGGUCAGCAGGUGGCCUCGGGGUCCUGGGUGGGUUGGAACGGUAGCUGGAGGUGCGUUUGUGUGACGGUGGCAGCGUGGGAGCUUUUAGGAUCCACUGGCGGCUAAUGACCGAGGCUCUGCUGGAUUUACCGGGCGAGGCUUUCAUCCCUAUGGGACGCAGUCUAACGAGCCAUAUGCACCUGAUUAUGCAUGUUUGCGUGUGACAUACGCACUUACGCUCGUCACCAUAUGUGGUCCUGGAAGUCUUCCUUCCAUCCAGUGACAUACAGUAGUGUUCCCAACACUGUUCAUAGUCCCUAAUACUUCCUAAAAGAGCUUUUUACUGACAAAUCCUGCCUUUAUGUGACAUUCAAAGGCUUUGGUGUCAUUGUAUGAGAACCCCUUCUGCUACAGUGAUGAAUUUAGCCUCGUGGCCUUGAAACCACUUUGAAAAACGAUCACUUAGCAUUGCAUUCAGAAAUAUAACCUAAAACUCCUAGUGCUUUGGAAGGACACCACUAAUUCUGUGCAGAGACGCAAACAGGUUUCCUGUGCUGAUAUUAGAUAAUGCUGACAUCUCAGAGACAGCGUUGCUCCUGUGAAGAUGGUGUCUGUCAGAACAUAACACGUUGUGAGGCCUCGGGCGGCAUGUUGUUCAGCCACAUCCCUGCAUCCUACUAUCAGGACUGCACCAACUGCACUUUGGUAGAAUCCUCGGUCCCCGAACGCUUCAAAAGGGCCAAACACACACAUUUUGAGCGUGUUGCAAUCCGCUUAUAUCUACAGAGGGUGCAGGCGCGUGCAGCCGGUACAUGUGUGUAAAUGUGUUGGUGGGUGAGUGAUAGAGAUUCACUCUGCAGCCACGUCCCAGCAGGUCAUCCAACAGGCUGUUUGUUUUGCCCCUGGCUCGUGCCCCGGCUCUCCCGAUGUGCAUCAAGCUGCGUGUUUGACAACCACAAACAGACGUUUAUUCGCAGUCUGUUAUAAAUCAUCCACAACUGGCUCGUCUGCCCCGUACAAACAACCACAGAUAUACAGUAUUACUCCCCCCAGUGUCUUAUACUGAAAAUUAGAUGUGGCCAUUGGUUGUUGGAUUUGAAAUGAAAAUGAAAACAGGACGUUUCCUCAGCACUCUUACCUUGACAGUGAAGAAAUGAGCAGUGCAACGCAAACACUGAACCCGUCUUGUUCAAUCUCUCCUUCCUUUUUUUUAAGACAUCUAUUCCUCCCACUCUCUUCUUACGAUAUCUGUUUAAAGUACCUGGAGGUGUGCGGUGCCCUGAUGCCAGACAGACCUACUGUGUGCGGGUCCGUACUUAAGAGCCGCAUUGAUUGGAACCAAAGAGGCAGGAUGCGAAGCGCUAAUAAGCGCAAUAGGAAACAACAGGAGCGCUUUCUGAGCCUGUACUCGGCUCAGUAAGAAAGUGAAAAAGAGGAGAAUCACGACUGCAAAAGUUCAGCACUCCACAAACAAUAGUUUUCUACUGUUAUGAGUUAACAGAGCAACUAAUUCUGCUGACAGACGGUCAGGAUGAUGCAUUCAUCGCUGACUAAUGGGCCUCUGUGUAUGUUUGCUGGAAAGAAUAACCUUUUUCCCUCAGCGCUCACGGGCCAGGAUGCAGCCACGACCAGAGGCUAUGAGUUGACCCUGCACCCAGACGCUGGGUUUCCGCAGCUGCCACAAAGAGGAAGGUCCCGAAACCCGCGCUUCCUCGCUCAUUUGCAUAGAAUGGCCUUCGAAGGAGAGGCAAAUCCAAAGCUGACGCUGCUCUUCCACCUAGUGGCGUCACGGCCGCACUUCAAGACCGAGGCCAGGGCAGCUCGUCCAGAGACGAUGAGGGUUAGGAGGAGAUGGAGGACAGAGGGGUGUGAGGAUGACUGGACCCUGAAGAGGACGGUUGCAUAAUAUGAGCAGAAAAAUACCCCAUCACUUCUGUUUUUAUUGCCCCGUCUCCCAGAAAGGCAAGCCGCACAACAAUAAAAGCACCGGCCCAUGCAGCGUAGGGGUCGAUAUAGAUUAUACAAGUGCUCAGUGGCGCCACUGAGACGCACAUGGCAAUAACAUGCACACAAUGGCCCACUCAGAUACACUGCACCCACACAGGCUCAUGAUCAAAUGAGUAAUCACACCCUACAGGUAUCCACGCUGCCGGUGUGUGUUUGAGGGACUCUCUCCCUCUCUCGUCUCUGUUAUGUAGGCUAACGCUGCCGGAGCUCAUUAUGUGUGAGGACACAGGAUGACUUACACGGGAUUAGACGCGAUCCCAUCUGAAUUCACACUCAUAAUUGAGGUUUCAGGCUCAUCUCAGUGUAAUUGGACUAAAAUUAGGAGUUUGUUGCUAGCCAAUCUCCGGCUCCAUCACCCCUUUCUUCCACUUACUCCUCGCUUUUCAUUUUUUUUUUUUUGGGGGGGGGCCGUCUCACCAGGUCCACGAUGGGCUUCCUGGAAUUUGGGCAUCUUCAUCUGCAUCCGCUGCGCUGGCAUCCAUCGAAACCUGGGGGUCCACAUCUCCAAGGUCAAGUCGGUGAACCUGGACCAGUGGACUCAGGAGCAGGUCCAGUGUGUUCAGGAGAUGGGGAAUGCCAAGGCCAGGCGUCUGUACGAGGCGUUCUUACCUGAAUGCUUCCAGCGCCCAGAGACAGACCAGUCUGCAGAGAUCUUCAUCAGGGACAAGUACGACAAGAAGAAGUACAUGGAUAAAGUCAUUGACAUCCAGAUGCUCAGGAAAGAGAAGAGCUGUGACAACAUACCUAAGGAGCCAGUGGUGUUCGAGAAGAUGAAACUGAAAAAGGACGUGAGCCCGAAGACGGACCCCCAGUGUGUGACGGACCUGCUUGGACUAGACGCCCCUGCUCCCAGUCCUGCAGUGUCCAACGGCGGAGCGGGUGUAAUGAGCAGCAACCGCAGCCCGGCAGUGUCUAAUCCACCUCCGGCCCAUUCUGCCCUGGACCUUUUCAGCUCGCUGCCAACGCCCGCCUCUUCCUCCGCUAAAGCAACAGCCGCUUCCAGCUCCCUGACUCAGAGCAGGGUGACUGCCUCGGUGCCUGAAAACCUCAGUCUUUUCUUGGAUCCGAUGCCCAAAGCAGAGGAGGGCGCCGUCAAGAAGCUGUCCAAGGACUCCAUACUCUCCUUGUAUGCUUCCACCCCCUCAGUGCAUGCCGGCAGUAUGGCCACUCAUGGGUUAUACAUGAACCAAGUGGGAUACCCGACCCACCCGUACGGCUCGUACCACUCUUUAGCGCAGGCAGGAGGGAUGAUGACGUCGCACAUGGCCAUGAUGGGGCAGCAGCAGAGCGGCAUGAUGGGCGUCCAGCAGGGCGCCAUGGUUGGAGUUCAGCAGAGCAGCAUGAUGGGAGCCCAGCCCGGCGGCGGCGGCGGCGCCACCGCGCCCUACAUGGGAGCGGUGGGACAGCAGCAGAGCCGAAUGACGGCGCACCAGCAGAACGGCAUCAUGGGACAGCAGCCGGUCGGAGGCGUGGCCACGCUGCCCCACCAGCAGGUGUACGGAGCUCAGCAGGCGCAGCAGCUGCAGUGGAACAUCGCCCAGAUGACUCACCACAUGGCUGGCGUGAAUCUCUACAACACGAGUGGCGCGGUGGGAUACAGCGGCCAACACAUGGGGGGUUCAGCCACGCCGAGCUCAACGCACAUGACUGCACACAUCUGGAAAUGAACUCAUAUGUUUGAGAGGCGAGGUGUUACGCGUUACAAGUAAGAGAGGAGGCCGAGGCGUAGGAUUGUGUGGACCGGAUGAGGAAGAGGAGGAGGAGGAGGAGGAGACAGGCUGUCAGCUCCCCUCCUCUCUCCUCUCAGCUCACGCUUCCUCCUCUCCUGUCAUUCAUAGCCAUGUUUUUUGCAGAUUUCCAUGCUUGCCUUCAGAGCAUCAUCAUAUGAUGACCUAGACAACAGGACUGAGACCAGAGGUCAGGAGAGAGUCUCUGCUGUGUGCGCGUCACUAACGGCCGGAAGAACAACUCGUUUUCCUUAAUCAGAGUCAGAGUAGAUUGAAGAUCCCCCUAGCUUAGCAUCAGCAGGUGACGCACCAAAAUACAGAUGUCUAGUCAUUUAUCGAAAACUCUUGGCCCUCAUGUUUGCACCACACGUACAUUUUAAUGGUAGUAGUCUGGGAAUAGUAAAAUUCAGUGAAAUUCUGUAUUUCUUUUUUCUAACUGAGGUCUAAAGGUUUUGUUUUGAAGUUAAUUUCCUGCGUUUGCUAUAUAAUCUAAUAUAAACACCCACGAAUUAAGCUGCUCUGGCUAUUUUGAUCCCUUUAUAUGUUGAUAGAUCAACAACAACCUAGACAGCCCUUACGUAUGAUGUCUUCUACUCUACUCUGUUCACAGGGCUCUUUUUACAUCGAGUCUAGACUUUAAACGACGCCGGUCGAAUUUUGGGAGACCAAAGAUGAAAACUAGCUUUAUUACGGUUAUACAGUGUUCCAACAUGCUUUACUACAUAACCACCUAACUAGUGAUGAGUAGAAGCGUCGCUCCUUUAACAGUAUGUCUGCAUACCUGCUCCCGAGCGUCACUGUGCUGCCUAUAUGCUGUACACGGGGGGGGGGGGUCCAAUCAGAAGCCACUUGCAUGCGAUGUCGUCACUGUAAGCGCUCACCAACCUCAAGUUAAGAAACUACCUUGUACAAUGGAGGCCUCAAUAACGAUGAAUGUCUGUAAAUAACAGAAGUGGAGGAGGAGGGAACAGAGACAAAAGAUGGCUUCCGCAGAACUGCAUGAGAAGAAUGUCUAUCUAGCUCUGACUGUGUGUACCGUACUGUAUGUUUAUUACGAUAUCUGAAUGUGUCUCUGGAUUAUGUAACUGAAUGUUUCGCUCCGCUGUUCACGUGGGUCAGUUUUUAGAUCGACGGAAACGCCCGCUGAAUGUGUUGGGACCUCGGCCUACGUCGGCGCGUGUUCGUCAUAUCCUUUGACUCUGACUACUUACACGAGCCCACACUUUUUUAAAUAUGUUCAUUCCUAGAAAUGCAUGCCAUUGUUGUAAAUAGUCUUCUCUUUCUGUUUUUUCCGGUCUAAAAGCAUGUCAGUGUUGAGCUGCCGCUUUGAACGAGAGGGUUAAGAGAGAAAUAAAUGACCGUAAAUGAGCAGCGUGGCUGAAUUUUGGAAAAGCAGUAAAGCAUCUCAGAACUCAGUUUUUGUUUUUUUUUCUGUUUUUUUCAUCUGUAAGGAUUUUAGCUGGCUUAUAUUCAGUUCAUUUUACGUCUGGUAUCUUUUCUGUGAAAUCAAAGCAAAUAAAUGACUAUCUUUUAUGUAUUUGUCAAUCGA